CCCCAGUCCAUAAGUGAAAUUGUCGCCACGAAGCGCAUUGUCCCCGUUGGCUUCUGAAUCCUCAUCUGAAGUCGCCAGAUUGGCAUCCAACGCCCCGAUCAAAUGGCCCUUUCGUGGUCUUGCCAGAAUGUCGGCCACCAUCCUCAUCUCGUCCUCGCCGCCUCACAUCUUUGCCCGAAGUCCCACGCCCAUUGAAGUCUCGUCUCCCAUGCCCUCCCCGAGCACUUUGUUUCGAGAUGGGAGCUCCAAAUUGUUCAAAACAACCCAGAAACAAAGAGGCGGUGUUUCAUUCGACUCCAAUGCCCGGUCGCUGCUGACGACAAAAGUUGGAGCGGAAAACCUGCCCUUACGAUCCUCGCCCAGGAGAGACAAGUUCAAAGUCAUAUCGUCUCAAUCUUCGAAUGUGGAUGUAGUCAGCCCUCGUUUGAAGUUUCUUCAGGACAUCUCCGGGUCGCAAUUGGAAGAGAAGAACACUGAAACUCGAAGAAUGCCACCUAGACUUCCGCACACCGUUUCUGACGAGCCCGAGAAUCUGCAGGAAGAUGUGUUUGAUAUAACAGAAGAGGAUUACGAUCGGCGGCGGAUUGAAAGAUCAUUACAGAAGGAUACAAACAUCAACAUGAGUCCACUUCAUCUGAGAAAGGCAACACCACGGCGAAAGGAUUGGACACCAACAAGGUCAGGGAGCCCUGGUCCUUCGAUUGUGUCUCCAGAGUCUCCUCUUCACUCUGCAGUGCUAUCUCCUAGUAUUCAGACGUAUUCUUUCGUCAAUCCAGCUGGAGAAAAAAGGGCACACAGACCGUCAACACUGAUAGCUACGGGUAGCAAGCCGUCAGCGAGUAGUUGUGUCGAUAUUGACAUGCUUUGUGACACCCCGACAGGUGUUACAACCAAGACAGGCGUCCCAAAAGACUUGCCAAAACCUUCAGCAAGGAAAAGGAACAAAACUGCAGCCAAGAAACCACUUACGAUCACUGCGUUGGCUACCUCAAACUACGGAGAAGAGCAACAGCGGCGAAAACUUACGCCCAUGCAGGAGUAUCUGAAUGCGACGCAAGUGAAUGCAAUCGACGAACCUAACGAGGUCACUGGCCCGCCUGCGAAGGGUAAGGCAAGAGUACCUGCAAAGAGGUUACGGGCGACGAAGAAGGCGCCACCGAAAAUUCCAUUGCAGUCUCCUACAUCGGCUCUGAAAGCUGUUGAGUCUCUGGAGGUCGUUUUUGGAUCUGCUAGCCAACUUGCGCGAGACGAAUCGCCGACCUUGCUACGAGAGACUUUAGAGGCUAUUAGGCAGUCCGAAGCCAUGCUUUCAUCUGACCCAUUCUCUCCACAGCGAACCCAGCCAAUUUCAAUAGAAGCCAUCUCGCCUCAAAAUCUGCCAGGGACAAGCAGGUACGUGAAGAGAAGAAAUCUCUGGGGCGUCGCGGGACGUGACGAAGAUAAUGCGCUUCUGCAAGUGGAUACGGUUGACUUGGUCGAUUCUCCUGCAGUACGUGAGGCCCUUGCUGGAAAAGAUGUUCUUGUACAGCCCGGCGGACCGUUUCUUUCGAACACACGCAGCCUGAUGAAGGAAAGCAUUCCUUUCCAGGCACAGAAGACUCCGCUCAACCAUAAAGGCACUCCUUUGCUGGAUAUCGAUGAUAUUGUGACGCCCAAGGUUUCCGGCUCCGGGCAUUCGGUUCUCUCACCUCAAAAAAGGAUGUUGCAUACUUCGGCUUCGGCUCAGCAACCUCGGAAGACGACACCACCUGUUGAAGAGAACAAGGAGAAAGCAGCUGUUUUGAAAAAGCCCAGCUCUGCCAAAUCAAAGCGCGUGCCCGUUAAACCUUCCUAUGCAGGCUUUUCGACCGGGGAUCUACAGAAACAGAUAUCAGCGUUCGGAUUCAAGGCUGUCAAGAGCCGUGAUAAAAUGAUUGAGCUGCUGGACAGGUGUUGGGAAGAUAAACAUGGCCCUGCGCCAGGUGAUAAUAUCGACCAAGAUACGUUGACCCACGGUGACUUUCUUAGUAAAGUCCACGACAUCACCGCUCGGCCUGUACCCAAGGUAAAGAAACCCCGCAAGCGAAAAUCAGAGGAUGCAGAACCUAAGACAUCUAAAGAGCCUAAGCGAAGGAAGAAGGUCGAGCCAAAACCGAAAGAUGCACCAGAGAAGAUCAAGAAGGCAAAGACGCCUCGAAAGGCGGCAGCGAAAAAGGCUCUUUCGGAGGAGUUUGUCAUGGAUGUUGACGAUAUUGAUGAUUUCAAUACUGAAAAGACAGCGCCUUCUAAGACCUCGGACGCGGUCUCUGAGUCUGUUACGAAGAAAAAAUCAACUCCGAGGAAGAAGACUUCGAAAGCAAAGGAAGUUGCGAAGAAACAAGAGACUACUCCUCCACCUUUAGCACUGAAAAGAAACUCCUCCCCUCCGCUACCCGAAAGUCACGCUUUGGUGCCAAUCGCGGCUGCUAAGAUCACCGAAACAGACCCUUCUCAACCCCUUACUCUAGAUGGGUCUACACUGGACGUGGAUGCAACGCUUCAACCUCAGCACCCACCGCCUUUAUCCGACAUCAAGGACCAAGUUUGGGCUGCGAUCUCUUUUGAGAGUAAAUACUAUUCUUCGCUCGGCGCUGGUGCCGGUACGCGGAACCAUGUGAAGAAUCCGACCUGGCGGGAGAAGAUCCUCAUGUACGACCCCAUCGUGCUUGAAGAUCUGACGCGGUGGUUGAACACAGAAGGGUUCCGCUCCAUUGGUGAAGAUCGAGAAGUCAACCCGCUUGAAGUGCGAACGUGGUGUGAGGAGAAUGGCGUUUGUUGUUUGUGGAAAGGAGGUUGGAGAGGAAGACGAAAGGGAGGUGACGAUUAAUGCUGUUUUUUCCGGAGUUUCCACGAAGUCAACGAAUGGGCUCGAGUCAGGUCGGGUUGGGCUGGGGAGUGACUGGAUGGACAAACUUUGUUCAUCGGUCUUUCGAGGCGUGCUUUGGCGUUUGUUGUCUCGCAUAGCCUUGUUUGUCCCUUGGGCGGCAUAAAGAGCCCCCCUGUGUGUCUGUAUCGUUCCUCUGGUGGACCGAGUCGUGGCGUUUAAGAGUGGCUUCGACAAGGAAGAAUUUUGCAUUACAAUCGUAGCUUUAUACAAUUGUAGAGAGCAUAGACCGAAGAAACGGAU